AAACGCGCCGCAGAGCCAAGGUGAUAUUCGGGGCAAGGGGACCCGCACAUUACCAUCGCUCGGACACACGCUGCGGCAAGAACAUGCUCACACGGGUGAAAUCAGCUGUGGCCAAUUUUAUGGGCGGUAUGAUGGCUGGCAGUUCAAACGGUGACCAUUUCGGUGGCUCGGAUUUACCACUGAAAUACCCGUACACAAGACCGGAGUUUCUGGGACUGUCACCGGAUGAAAUCGAGUGCUCGGCGGAUCAUAUUGCUCGGCCGAUCCUCAUUCUGAAAGAGACGAAGAGGCUGCCAUGGGCCACUGGUUAUGCAGAGUAAGUAUGCGUCCAUCUUUAAGUCGUAGCAGGCUAUAGCAUCAGCAGCAUUUAAAGAGGGAGGUUCAGCACGCUCCCUGGACCAGAGGAAGAAGCAUAAACAUAUUAUUUAUUGUGCGCCAUUUAUUUCCAUGUGAAUAGGCUAUACCAAGGAUGGGCAACUCCAGUCCUCGGGGCCUGAUUGGCCUCACACUUUUGCCUCAGCCCCAGUUAACACACCUGAUUUCAAUAAUCAACUAAUCAUCAGUUUAGAAUGUAAUUACUUUAAUCAGCUAUGUUUGCUAGGGAUGGGGAAUUGGGGUUAAAAGUGACACCACUCCGGCCCCCGAGGACUGGAGUUGCCCGUCACUGGGUUAUACGGUCUGUCAUCGUAGCUUCUAUCUUGCUAGUGGGUGCAAAGGUUGCCCCUUGAUGUCUGAAACGCAAACAGAGAUAAACACGGUUGUAUUUAGGCUACUAAAUGACAUUUCAUGGAAAUUCCAGUCUUAUGCCCUAACAACAACAGUAACCAACAACAGAAAGGUGCAUUAGUAUCCUAUUGUUAUAGCAUUUACCCAUACCAUACUUGAUGUCUACUACACCACCUAGGCCUACAAAAUACUAAUGCAUGCCAUUGUGCAUCAUGGCUCAAAUAUUAUGAUAGAUAUAGUGCAACUAGUAGUCGUUUCAGUACCAUGAGUUAGGCCUACAUGUGGACUAUAAUGGCAUUGUAGCUAUGAUAUUUGUGGUCCUCUGUAGCUCAGCUGGUAGAGCACGGCGCUUGUAACGCCAAGGUAGUGGGUUCGAUCCCCGGGACCACCCAUACACAAAAAUGUAUGCACGCACGACUGUAAGUCGCUUUGGAUAAAAGCGUCUGCUAAAUGGCAUAUUAUUAUUAUUAUUAUUAUUAUUAUAUUUGCUUAUUCAAUAUUUGCUUUGUCAUGCUAUAUAUCAUUGUGUCUGUCAGGGAAUGAUGGAUUAUCACUUCCCUUUACAGUUUCAUUAUUUAUGCAUGCCCUAUUUCUAGUGCAUGUGCAGAUUCUAUCACUGUGUUGUGGAUAGUUUAUUGAGGACAUGGGUUUGUAAACACUUUCCUUUGCACACACUGUUAAACCACACUGUAAAAGUAACAGUUACUGCUGCCGAUUGACUUAUGAAAAAGCUAACUUGUUCACAGUGCUUCAAUGAAGAGAGCAGUCCGUGCUGAUAAUAAAAAAAUAAAAUAAAAGAAACAUCAUGAAAUGUUUUUACUAUUUCAAAUGCCAAUGAAAUGCUUAUUGUAUGGAGGAGAAGGCAUGGAGGAUAACUUGAAACAUACUUUAUAAGCAUGUCAUUCUUCUGAAGCAGCUAUAUUUGACAUUGAUUGGCGAAGGACACUGCUGUAUUAUACCCACCUAAAUGAGACAUUAUAAUGUGUUCACAGAGAGACAGGUGUGGAUUGUGCCAGGAUGGGAAGUGGAAAAAAUGCUUUGUUGAAAGUCUUUUCUGUUCCCUGUCGGCCAUUAAAUACUUGUCUAUUUUCCUCAAGCUUAAUCUGUCUAUCGAUCCUGCUCAGUUUUCCGUUUCUUAGUCAUUUCUCAGCUCUGGUACUGACAUAUCACACUGAUAAUAGGAUACAUUUAGCAAUUUGCUAUACAAGUAUACAGUGUGCAGGAAGGAGCUCUCUCGCUCUGCAUCUGAUGUUACAACUCCCGUGUCUUGACGAUGAACCCAAUUUAGUUAUGCAAAUGCUUCUCCAUCUCAAGUUGGACACUGGCACAAAUCCACCUCAAUGUCACAACUGAGCAUAACAUUUUCUCCCAGUGCAGCAAAUUACAAGAUACUGCCUAACAUGUUACAUUUUAGUCAUUUAGCAGACGCUCUUAUCCAUAGCAAUUAGGGUUAAGUGCCUUGCUUGAGGGCACAUCAACAGAUUUUUCACCUAGUCGGCUUGGGGAUUCGAACCAGUGACCUUUUGGUUACUGGCCCAACACUCUUAAACGCUAGGCUACCUGCCGCACAGGAUAGUCAUGGUUUGAACUUCAAAGUACAAAAAGGUUUCAUAUUGUGGCUGCUGUGUUCCUCUAAACAACACUAAAACACCUCCCGGUCUGCAUCCCUCCACCGUGGGAUGUUGAGAGUGACUUGUCUGUGCACUCCCUCAGGCUUCAAUCACAAGAAUGAAAAAAGGACUAGCAGUCUAUAUUUGGACAACCAUGGUCAUUCAGCACCUGCUCAGCAUGCAUGCAGCACAGCACCAGAUUGCACGCCACUCUGAAAAUUAAAGCAAUCUAGUCCCUGUGAGGCUAUGCCUAAAAUGCUUCUGCCAGCUGUCUGUGUAGGGAUGGCACUGCUACACUGCUGUGGAUUUGUCAACAGCUGGUUGACCAUCAGGCUCUGUUGUUGUGAUGAGAUCUGUCCCCUCCCUCCCCUCUCAGCCGGCAGCCAGGCCCAUAUUAAAGAUGAUGUGAUCUCCACUGAGAACAGUGUCCCGUGCCAAGGAAUCUCCCUCUUAACUGUGAUAUAACAUAGUCAGAGGCUGCGUUAUAAGAGCUGGGCUCGGGCUGUUGUAUUUCACAGAUUGACCAUGGGUGGUGGAAGAAUAGAAGUGGUAUUGCAGCAGUCUGAACUACAGCAUUCCUCCCCUGACCUGGCCGCUUCGCACACUUUCUCCUGGUCUGCUGUCAGGUCCUGUGAGCGCCAACAUUUCAGAAGGGCAGAGAGUCCUGCUCUCUAUGUCCCCACCUCUUUUUCUCUCUUUCUCUUACUCAUGCUCCCCUCCGUAGGCCUACAUGAAGUCUACUCACCCCCUUAUAUGACUUUGUCUAUCUGUCGCUGUCUCUCUCUGUCCCUCCCUCCCACUUCCUGUCCUGCAGCUACAUAGCACUCAUGAACUGAAUGGAAGAGGAUCAAUACAUCAGUCAAUAUGUGUGUCUGUUUGUAGAAUGAACACUGCUAUUGUGAUGACUGGAGGGUGGCAGACGUGCAUUUCUAAAGGAAUGUCACAGAUGUACACAUGCACAUCACUGUACACACUUGGAUAGUGGAUGGGCAAUCACAUGAUGUAGUAGCACGUUUCUCUUUCUUUCUUGUAAGAGGGCUAGUAACAGGGUAGAUGUCCACAAGGAAAUGAGAGCAGUUUCAGUUCAUUUUAUCCACCAUACACGGUGACCGUCAUACACAGGAACUGGAUCAGUGUCAUAUGUUCUCUUCUCCUAAUACAAUGGUUUGAGUGUGAUUUGAAUGUGAUCCACUCACUUUCUUUGGUUUAGAAUAUUCAAUCAGUUGUGCCUUUGUCAUAAAUAGAUCCUGACAAUGUAAUCAGAAUGUAAGAGAUGGAACUCAAUGGAAAGGCCAUGGAAACACGUGGGUGGAAAGAUCCAGAAUCUCCUCAUUGCCCCCAGCAAAAUGGGCCUACAUUUAGGUUGUUGUUUAUGUGUAUUUCACACUGUUGAGGUAAAAGUCGGAGUAUAAUGUUUGUAUGGAUGUCAACCCCAAUACAUGUUAAUGUCAUCACCAAUCAACUGCAUUACAUUUAAAAAUGACUGACUACCACCACUGAUUUCUCUAUGCUAGCUAUGCUACCAGCUUAUAUGAACGGGAGUUAGCAAUUAGCAGUCACUUCUUCUAAACUUGAAAAGGGACCACUUCUAAAUCAGGGAUGGGAAACUUCAGUCCUCAGGGGACUGAUUGGUGUCACACUUUUGCCCCAGCUAACACACCUGACUCGAAUGAUCAACUAAUCAUGAUCUUCAGUUUAGAAUGCAAUUAGUUUAAUCAGCUGUGUUUGCUAGGGAUGUUGAAAAGGUGACACCUCUCCAGCCCCAGAGGACUGGAGUUGCCCAUCCCUGUUCUAAAUCUUAUACAUUGAAAACAGCCAAAUAUAUCAACAUCUGACUUUAUUAAUUACAUUGUGGGCCUGUUACAAUACAUCAAUCUUGACGGAUUUGACGAAUAUCCACUUUGAUAGAUCAGAUUUGUUGAAUGUGCACCAAUCCGGCAUAUGCUUGGGUGGUAUACCGGGGUAUUUGGAAAUGGCCACGGGAUGGUUUUUCAAUACAUUUUAAUAUUUGUAGAAAGCGGGAGCAGGUGAGUCCAGCUGUAUAUUGAUGUUUUAUAUUGAAAGUCGUGUAUAUAUAUAUUUUUUUCAAUAGAGUGAUCAGGGGCGUUCAACUACAGUUUUCCUUCACAGAAAAUACAUUAGUGCAACACAUUUAAUUUUUUUAUGGAAUAUCUACAUAGGUGUACAGAGGCCCAUUAUCAGCAACCAUCAGUCCUGUGUUCCAAUGGCACAUUGUGUUUGCUAAUCCAAGUUUAUCAUUUUAAAGGCUAAUUGAUCAUUACAAAACCCUUUUGCAAUUAUGUUAGCACAGCUGAAAACUGUUGUGCUGAUUAAAGAAGCAAUAAAACUGGCCUUCUUGAGACUAGUUGAGUAUCUGGAGCAUCAGCAAUUAUGGGUUCGAUUACAGGAUCAAAAUGGCCAGAAACAAAUAACUUUCUUCUGAGACUCGUCAGUCUAUUCUUGUUCUGAGAAAUGAAAGCUAUUCCAUGCGAGCAAUUGCCAAGAAACUGAAGAUCUCGUACAACGCUGUGUACUAUUCCCUUCACAGAACAGCGCAAACUGUCUCUAACCAGAAUAGAAAGAGGAGUGGGAGGCCCCGGUGCACAGCUGAGCAAGAGGACAAAUACAUUAGUGUCUAGUUUGAGAAACAGACGCCUCACAGGUCCUCAACUGGCAGCUUCAUUAAAUUGUACCCGCAAAACACCAGUCUCAACGUCAACAGUGAAGAGGUGACUCUGGGAUGCUGACCUUCUAGGCAGAGUUGCAAAGAAAAAGCCAUAUCUCAGACUGCCCAUCUUAAUCUUUUAUUUUUAUUGGCCAGUCUGAGAUAUGGCUUUUUGUUUGCAACUCUGCCUAGAAGGUCAGCAUCCCGGAGUCGCUCCUCUGAGCCUGCAGCGUACACAUGCUGCUUCAGAGCUAGUACAGUUCUUCCUUCAAACAAGCAUGCAUCAACUUUGUUCAUUUGCACAAUGUCUCUCAUUCACAUUCACUUGUAAAUGUCUAAACUCACCAAAAAUGACUUUCGGUUGCUCUUACCUAUAUAUGUCUAACUUUAAUUUGUUUUUAUUUUCGUUUGGCUCUUUAGCAUAUUUAGCUAGGCGCCCCCUUGUGUACUAAGCCAGUAAUACCGUAAAUCCAGGAAUGAGAGAAGGACGGUAUGACGAUAUGAAAAUCUGGAUACCUCCCAACCCUAAUCUGGCAUCCUUCUAUCUCCCACGGUCUACGUUCCAUGGACCUCUUUACCGCGUCUAUAAGAGAGGACUUAUAUUCAAUAAGAGCUGUCUAUUCUUAUUAAUGAUCAAGGUCUGCUUGUGAAGUAAGAUUACUGGUGAUGAGAGAAUCAUACUUCUCCUCAGAUGCACAUUUUAGAAUGAGGGCUGUUGAUUUGCUGUUGUCUGCACUGUGCUGGCUUUGUUCUGACAAUGACUGUGAUUACACAAUAAUCACCCUUCACAUGCACAUUGGUUGUAUUAUUCUAGUGCCUAACUGUCAAGGCCGAGCAUCACUGGCUACGUUCCCAUAUCCGCACUAGUGCACCACUUAGCAGUGUCCAAUACAUUGAUUUGUUUCGAAGUGUGGACUGUGGAUAUUGGAACAGAGCCACUGUCCCAUUAUUAGGACCAGGCAAAAGGACACAAUGACGGUUCCAAAUGCAUUCGGGUCUAUUAAGGUCAGACAGAGUAAGUGAGGCCCAAAUGUAGAGGAAGUGGAACGAGGUAACCAACCGAAUACAACAGUCACUUUCUCAGAAGACAUAGGACGUACAGUGGGGAGAACAAGUAUUUGAUACACUGCCGAUUUUGCAGGUUUUCCUACUUACAAAGCAUGUAGAGGUCUGUAAUUUUUUAUCAUAGGUACACUUCAACUGUGAGAGACGGAAACUAAAACAAAAAUCCAGAAAAUCACAUUGUAUGAUUUUUAAGUAAUUCAUUUGCAAAAUCGGCAGUGUAUCAAAUAUUGUCCUCCCCACUGUACAUGCCAGGCGGUGUCUGAGAAAGGGCCGAAAAAUUACCAAAGACUCCAGCCACCCGAGACAUGGACUGUUCUCCAUGCUCCUGUCCGGCAGGCGGUACCGGUGCAUCAAAGCCAAGGCUCAGACCAACAGACACCUAAAUAGCUUCUAUCCCCUGGCCAUAAGACUGUUAAAUGGCUAACAACUACUGCUCUCCCUCUCCCACAGUCUAUCCACACUGACUGACUCUACUAUGCCUAUCCACAGGUCGCUACCCACUCAGACACAACCUACACUGCUGCUAAAAUGAUUAUUGAUUAGAUGUAUUACUCCAUUACGUUGCUGUCCAUUGAUUAUUGAUUGCCAUUACCAUUCGUUUUUAACUAUUUAUCCUGCUACUGGUCACUAUUAUGCCUGUUUACAUGUAUAUAUUACCAUUUAGUAUAUUACCAUCAAUAUUUAUAUAUUCCUGUUCCUAGUCACUUUUCAGCACUGUUUAUAUGUAUAUCCUACUACCAGUCACUUUUUAUGUAUAAACCCACCUCAACCUCUCCAGUACCCCUGCACAUUGAGUUUCUCCUGUUUCUUGUUUUUUCUUCUUCUUCGAAAGAUCUCUCAAGGUAAAAAUGUUGCUACUGUUUUACACCUGUUGUAUCCUGUGCACGUGGAAAAUAAACUUUGAAACUUGAAACUCGUCAUUCCUUAGGCCAGGGCAUGGCUGCCCAUUCCACUCAGAUCAGAGAUUAAAGACUUCUUAACGCUCAAGUGUAACACUUGUGGUGGUCGGGGUUCCGGCUCAGUGGCUCAGCCUCCUUAGCUCAGCCUCAGACAGUCUGGGCUCAAACACAAAGGGAUCAUUCAUUUACCGUAUCCUCUCUAUUCCUCUAUGGGAAACUCUGCUGAGGUGGAUGUCAAUUUGUAUCACCUGGCUGGCCUGCUACCAUGGAAACAAAGAAAGUCUCCUCAGUAAGGACAAUAAGGACAGUUUCUGGUUAAACUAAUUUUCAGACUAAUGUAAGGUUAAGCCUUUAUUGCAAGUCUCAGACCAGUGUCACUUUGAUAAUAAUAAUAAUACGCCAUUUAGCAGACGCUUUUAUCCAAAGCGACUUACAGUCAUGCGUGCAUACAUUUUUUUUUUUGUGUGUAUGGGUGGUCCCGGGGAUCGAACCCACUACCUUGGCGUUACAAGCGCCGUGCUCUACCAGCUGAGCUACAGAGGACCAGAUAAAGGUGUUGGGUGAGUUUCAGUGUGAUACAGGUGUUUAGCAAACACUUAAAUCCUACACUGUAUAUGGCCCAUACAAUAAUUAAAACAUUGAACAGCUCUGCACACCAACUGAGCUAUUCAAACCUAGUAUCAUGGGCUCUAACAAACUGGUAACUUGCCCAGUAUGGUUUAAAAUGGCACUGGAAGAAAGGAAAUGGACUGGAUAGCUAGGAUAUUUGCUUCAGAGGUAGGAUGAAUAUUUUAAACCUAAUCACUUUGCUCCUAUACUGUUUGGUGCUCUUCACCUUUUUAAGUUGGGUGCACUAGUGCUUACCAAUGAAAACAGUUAAUUAGACCACUAUCACUUUUCUACAGGUCUGUUGCCAAUGUGAGGGCUCUAUGAUUGAGUCUAUAGGGUCCUGGAAGAUCACCCAUUGUGUAAGCCUUACAAGGAGACCAAUUAUCAGUGAUCUGACUGUGUGAACUUCAGCUUCUCUUCCUGCCAAUAUCCUGUUCUCUCCAGUAUGUCUGUACUCAGCUGUGUACUUAGCUGGAGACAAAAGAUUGGUGCCCUGCUUUGUCCACCCUGUCUGUCAGUUCAUUUCCUCAUCAUAUAGAUAUACAGUGCCUUCGGAAAGUAUUCAGACCCCUUGACUUUUUAUUCUAAAAUUGAUUAAAUAAAUAAAAAUCCUCAGCAAUCUACACACAAUACCCCAUAAUGACAAUGCAAAACGUUAUUUUUUAUUUUUAUUUUAGCAAAUCUAUUAAAGAUAAUAAACAAAUACCUUUAUUUACAUAAGUAUUCAGACCCUUUGCUAUCACACUCGAAAUUGAACUAAAGCCAGGCCAUGAGGUCGAAGGAAUUGUCCGUAGCGCUCCGAGACAGGAUUGUGUCGAGGCACAGAUCUGGGGAAGCAUACCAAAACAUUUCUGCAGCAUUGAAGGUCCCCAAGAACACAGUGGCCUCCAUCAUUCUUAAAUGGAAGAAGUUUGGAACCACCAAGACUCUUCCUAGAGCUGGCCACCCGGCUAAACUGAGCAAUCGGGGGAGAAGGGCCUUGGUCAGGGAUGUGACCAAGAACCCGAUGGUCACUCUGACAGAGCUCUAGAGUUACUCUGUAGAGAUGGGAGAAACUUCCAGAAGGCCAAUCAUCUCUGCAGCACUCCACCAAUCAGGCCUUUAUGGUAGAGUGGCCAGACGGAAGCCACUCCUCAGUAAAAGGCACAUGACAGCCCGCUUGGAGUUUACCAAAAGGCACCUAAAGACUCUCAGACCAUGAGAAACAAGAUUCUCUGGUUUGAUGAAACCAAGAUUGAACUCUUUGGCCUGAAUGCCAAGCGUCAUGUCUGGAGGAAACCUGGCACCAUCCCUAUGGUGAAGCAUGGUGGUGGCAGCAUCAUGCUGUGGGGAUGCUUUUCAGUGGCAGGGACUGGGAGACUAGUCAGGAUCUAGGGAAAGAUUAACCGAGCAAAUUACAGAGAGAUCCUUGAUGAAAACCUGCUCAGGACCUCAGACUGGGGCGAAGGUUCACCUUCCAACAGGACAAUGACCCUAAGCACACAGCCAAGACAAUGCAGGAGUGGCUUCGGGACAAGUCUCUGAAUGUCCUUGAGUGGCCCAGCCAGAGCCCGGACUUGAACCCGAUCGAACAUCUCUGGAGAGACCUGAAAAUAGCUGUGCAGCAACACUCCCCAUCCAACCUGACAGAGCUUGAGAGGAUCUGCAGAGAAGAAUGGGAAAAACUCCCAAAAUACAGGUGUGCCAAGCUUGUAGCGUCAUACCCAAGAAGACUCGAUGCUGUAAUCGCUGCCAAAGGUGCUUCAGCAAAGUACUGAGUAAAGGGUCUGAAUACUUAUGUUAAUGUCAUAUUUCCGUUUUUUUAUUUGAAUUAGAUGUGCAAAAAUGUUACAUUGAAAUCUGCUAUACUUUUCCCACAGUGUGUGUCUGGUUCUGCUCCUCACAUUCUUGUGCUCUUCUCUCCUUCUGCAGGGUGAUCAAUGCAGGGAAGAGCCAUCUGAACGAGGACCAGGCAUGCUGUGAGGUGGUGGUGGUGAGGAGGGGACCCAGUGCUGGGGGCAACUCCACCCCCAACAGGACCCCCACUACCCGGAGGAGGUCCUCCCUGCCCAACGGAGAGGGACUGGGGCUCAGGGAGAACGCUGUGAGCACCCCCCCAAACCCCCCCCCCCCCCCCCCCCCCACCCCACCCCCCCUCCCACCCCUCCAGACCUAGUCUUAACCCCUUGGGGGCUUUCCCCCCCAUUCUGUCACAUCAGGACCUGUAGACGCUUCUCUUCCCUAGCCUCACAUCAGCCAUAGUCUAUUCCCCAGCAUGUCCUAUAAGCCUGGUAAACGAGAGUUUGUCAGGCUACAGAAAUUAGUAGGCUAAAGUACUGCCUUUCAGCUACUGUAGUGGUCACCAACCUAACCCUUAUUCCUCAGCCUCACAUCAGUCCUAGGGUUCUAUUUUCGACUGGCGUUAAGGCGGCGCUAGAGUCAAAUGCACGUUAGUUUGCAAUUCCGUCAUGUAAAAACUGGCUCACUGGCAUUUUCCAGCCCUAACGCCAGGUUCGGCAAUUUACCUGUCUAACAUCAGCAGGCUUGCGCUCAGAUGAGAGGGGUGGAAAUAUUUGAGGCGUGUCCUUAAAAACAUGAUCCAAAGUGCUAAUUUCAGACAGCGCUGGUAGGGAUAUUUAAGACCAACCAAAAGCUGGUUUUAGCGGUAACACAGUUGGUUAUGGCAUGAAUUUUACAAAGGAAACCGUGACACACACUGCCCAUAUGCGCAUGGAACAAGAUCUGAUUUGGUGCCUGUAUACUUCGUAUUUGGAAACAAACAAUGUUUUUUCCACAUUUAUUUGUUUUAUUUGAUUAAAAACUAAGCAUAGCCUCCCCUCCUCUCAAUGAAGGCUGUUUUCUUUUUGUCCUGCCCAAUGUAAUCAAGUAGGCUAGUCAAGACCGUCGAUAAAGUGUUUGGAUCGUGAGACAGCUUGAAAAUACAUCUUAAUCACCAAAGUUUUAUUAAAAUAUCAAGUUUGAGAGGAGCAAAACGGUGAGCUGACAUUUUUCCUUUUUAAUCUAUGUAUUGUAGGCAGGCCGACAUUAUUUUAGCCAUGCUUUGGACGUGCUUAAAACCCCCUCCAUGAUGUAGGCUACAUGUGUCCAUGCCCAUCAUGAAAUGAGAGAUGUGAAUCUUCAUAACAAUUGUUUGUUUUCUGUUUCAUAUGUUUUAAACCCUAGCCCUCUAUAGGCUACCCUUACCCUAGGCCUACUAUAACGAAGGCUGGGUCAACAGCAAUGCGUUGUCUUUUUUUUUAUGCUGGCGAUUUUAUGAUAUCAUUACAUUUUACAUGUAUAUAUUGUUGUUGAAAAAGGAACAGAUUGCUUGUUUUUCGUUGAAUCUUAUUAAAACCAAACUUAUUUGAAUGAUUCACUGUCCUGGUUUUAUGGUGAGAAUGUCCGUGCCACGCAUGCAUUGCAACUUCUGGAGAAGUGUGAAUGCGAUCUGUAAGAUGGUUCCAAUAUGUAUAUAAAAAUGUAUAUUUAGGAGCAGUAUAACUGUGAGUGGACAUUCUCACUUUGUCUUUAUAUUGGUUCUUUGUCCAGCUACUGUGAAAGGAUUGGAUGUGUGUAAAACCCUCCAUAGUCUGCGUUGUUUUAAUAUUAUAUGCCCACGGGAAGCAAUUAUGGUGCCUGUAAGUGUAUUUAGACACAACCUAUUUAAAACAAGUUGUUUUGUUUAGAAUCACUCUCUUUUUAGUGAAUUUAAUCUUGCUUAUUGACAACAUUUGGCAUGUCCAUGCUCAGCCAUAAUGCAAUUUACAGUAGGCCUAGCCCCUAUAUCAGUGUGAAUGCUAUGUAUAUCUUUCCACAUUGAAGCCAUGCAUUACAUACAACAAUGUGGGCUGCAAACAGGUUCAAGUUAACAUAUUUAGCAAAGAUUUUGCUUAAUGUUGUUAUUUUGUUCUGUAAGCUGUUUAACAAACUAUAACGGACAAACAUGGGAAUUGGAGUUGAUUCCAAGGCAAUACAUAAAAUACCGUAAAUACACAACUUGAAACAACCACAUAUUUAGCCAUGGAGCAUGUUCUGAUUCGCCAGUGAGUGGCCAAGCAAUCCUCGACACACCCACAACUUGUUUAUUAAUCAAAACCCAGCCCUUUCACACCAACGCCAGCAACUGCUCAGAUAACUGUGGUUGUGAAAAUAGCAAAAAUAAUUCUGCUCCCCCCCCCGAACCUAUAGCGCUACUGCCACUGCUUAGAUUUACCAUUGCUUUAGGUUUGUUAAAAUAGAGGCCAUAGUCUUACCCAGCCUGGCAUAUAAGCCUGGCGCAAACAAGGCUAACUGAGGCUGCUGUCCUCUGCCUUCCAGCUACAGCAGUGUUCACUAACCCUGGUUCUGAAUAGAGCUGCAGGGUGUGGUGUGCACCGUUUUGAGAUUCCUUCCAGCCCAGCACUAAUACACAGGGCGUGUUUACUGUUAUUUUAGCCCAGAGCUAACACACUUGACCAUCAGUAGCGAUGCGUGGGUACAAUCACUGGGGAAACCAAGCUGGGAAAAAAAUGUUGUGAUAAUUGCGUUGUUCGCUCUAUACCUUGUUAGUUCAUAUGCCUUGCCACCGUGAUAUAUAAACCUAAGGCCGAGACAAUAAGAAGACACAGUGGCAGAAUAAAUUCAACCUCACCUUUGUUUCAUCACAAAACCGGAGAGCAACAUCUGUCCGGUGGAGUUCACAAAGCAUAUUGCAUGUAACAAACAGUUACAUGACCUACAGCAUUGUCAAUGAAGUUAAUGUUUCCAACAUUUUGGGACUACUAAACAACUAUUGACUUAUAACACCGGAGAGUUACCACAAGUCGCAAAGAAAACAGGAGCUUCCUCCACUAUUCCAGCACCAGUUCAACUUCAACAUUUCAACGUCAUCAAAUCACCUAUGCUUAGUCUAAUACAGUGACAACUAAAAUAUUCAAAAAAUGAUUUAUUCCAAUCAAUGUAAGCUAAAUAUCAUGUGGCUGUCCAUGGUACUUGUGUGUGUGUGUGUAUGUGCGCGUAAGUAGAAAAAAACUUGUAGAGAAACGCCAAUGCCAUCCUCGCUUUCAUAUAAUAUAAAUAAUAAUAUUAUAAUAAUGUUGCUGAAAUGGUUUAAGACUGUCAUACAGUACACGCUUUUAGUUUUUGUUGGCCUAGGCUACCUGGCUAAAAUGCUUGCUCUCUAGCCUAACUUCCUUUCAUGGGCAAUGAUUAGCCAGCUAGUUAACAUUAGCCUACUAAAUCUAGCUACAUAUUGAACUUCCAUCCUCUCAGGUCAGGGACACAAUGUAUGAAUAUAUGGUUGAAUCAGAAUUGCCAUUUUAACCAGUACGGAGAAUUAAGUAAAACCACAAGUCCAAAUCCAUCCAUGGCUAAUUUAGGAAAGGGCCAACUCCAGCUAGCUAGCUAGCCACCGGAGGACAACAACGAGAUGCAACAAUUCAAGUUUUUUUUAUGUCAGUGAUGUUUGACUUUUGACGUGAUGUGAUUGGUGUUAAGCCAAAUCCAAACUGUCUUCCCUUGACACUUUAUAUUUUUAUUUUUAUUUUUUAUUUUUUGGUGCUCCCGGACCAUUCACAGUUGACCUCACUCAGUUUAGCUCAACGCUGAUUGGCUAUUAUUGUAUAUUUGUUUUAUCAAGGGAGGCCAAAUGCUCGCUGGCUUCCCUUGCAUUCAAUGCUACAGGCGGCAACAAUAUCAUACUCUUUUUGACCAGACAGCAUCAGACAGAUGGCCUACAGAGACAGAGGGGUGCUGUUUUGCUUGCUCUGAUGCUUUGUCCGGUAAGAUACAUUCAGCCUCUUGCGAAUUGAAGGAAAAUUAUGAAACACAGAGAGACGAAAGAUAAAUUGUUUAAUGCUAUUUAUUCUUUUGUCAUUUUUGGAGGGAAACCUGGCUUCCCUUGGCAUCCAUAAAUACACACCACCGUUGACCUUAUCAACUAAUCUCCAACAUUAUGGUUAGCUGAAUCAGGAGUGUGUUUGAAAUUCACUGCUCGACUGAGGGACCUUACAAUUAUCUGUAUGUGUGGGGUACAGAAAUUAGGUAGUCAUUCAAAAUCAUGUUAAACACUAUUAUUGCACAUAUGCAAAUUAUUAUGUAACUUGUUAAGCACAUUUUUACUCCUGAACUUAUUUAGGCUUGCCAUAACAAAGGGGUUGAAUACUUAUUAACUCAAGACAUUUCAGCUUUUCAUAACCCCUCUGCUGUUAUUUUAGCCUCCUCUCCCACACAACCCUCCCCCUUUGUACUCAGGCCCACUGAAAGCCUACACCAACAUACACCUACACAAGUACCCCAUUACUCACUUCAGCAGUGAAAUUAUACCAGUAUGAAGUACUGUUUUUGGCUUGCUCAAUGAGUGAUUCCUACUGAAAACCAGACAAAAAAAAGACUGAUUUUAGGGAUUUUCACUAAAUGUAAUCCAUAGACUAGUCCUUUGGAGGAAGGAUUGUUGACAUACACUGAGUGUACAAAACAUUACAUUUACAUUUACGUCAUUUAGCAGACGCUCUUAUCCAGAGCGACUUACAAAUUGGUGCAUUCACCUUUACUUUAUCCUAUCCCAGGUUUUCCUUAAAGAGGUGGGGUUUCAAGUGUCUCCGGAAGGUGGUGAGUGACUCCGCUGUCCUGGCGUCGUGAGGGAGCUUGUUCCACCAUUGGGUUGCCAGAGCAGCGAACAGUUUUGACUGGGCUGAGCGGGAACUGUGCUUCCGCAGAGGUAGGGGGGCCAGCAGGCCAGAGGUGGAUGAACGCAAUGCCCUCAUUUGGGUGUAGGGACUGACCAGAGCCUGAAGGUACGGAGGUGCCGUUCCCCUCACAGCUCCGUAGGCAAGCACCAUGGUCUUAUAGCAGAUGCGAGCUUCAACUGGAAGCCAGUGGAGUGUGCGGAGGAGCGGGGUGACGUGAGAGAACUUGGGAAGGUUGAACACCAGACGGGCUGCGGCAUUCUGGAUGACUUGUAGGGGUUUAAUGGCACAGGCAGGGAGCCCAGCCAACAGCGAGUUGCAGUAAUCCAGACGGGAGAUGACAAGUGCCUGGAUUAGGACCUGUGCCGCUUCCUGUGUAAGGCAGGGUCGUACUCUCCGAAUGUUGUAGAGCAUGAACCUACAGGAUCGGGUCACCGCCUUGAUGUUAGCGGAGAACGACAGGGUGUUGUCCAGGGUCACACCAAGGCUCUUCGCACUCUGGGAGGAGGACACAACGGAGUUGUCAACCGUGAUGGCGAGAUCAUGGAACGGGCAGUCCUUCCCCGGGAGGAAGAGCAGCUCCGUCUUGCCGAGGUUCAGCUUGAGGUGGUGAUCCGUCAUCCACACUGAUAUGUCUGCCAGACAUGCAGAGAUGCGAUUCGCCACCUGGUUAUCAGAAGGGGGAAAGGAGAAGAUUAGUUGUGUGUCGUCUGCGUACAGAGCCAAGUGACUUGGUGUAUAGCGAGAAUAGGAGAGGGCCUAGAACUGAGCCCUGGGGGACACCAGUGGUGAGAGCACGUGGUGCGGAGACAGCUUCUCGCCACGCCACUUGGUAGGAGCGACCGGUCAGGUAGGACGCAAUCCAAGAGUGAGCCGCGCCGGAGAUGCCCAGCUCGGAGAGGGUGGAGAGGAGGAUCUGAUGGUUCACAGUAUCAAAGGCAGCAGACAGGUCUAGAAGGACAAGAGCAGAGGAGAGAGAGUUAGCUUUAGCAGUGCGGAGAGCCUCCGUGACACAGAGAAGAGCAGUCUCAGUUGAAUGACCAGUCCUGAAACCUGACUGGUUUGGAUCAAGAAGGUCAUUCUGAGAGAGAUAGCAAGAGAGUUGGCUAAAGACGGCACACUCAAUAGUUUUGGAAAGAAAAGAAAGAAGGGAUACUGGUCUGUAGUUGUUGACAUCAGAGGGAUCGAGUGUUGGUUUUUUGAGAAGGGGUGCAACUCUCACUCUCUUGAAGACGGAAGGGACAUAGCCAGCGGUCAAGGAUGAGUUGAUCAGCGAGGUGAGGUAGGGGAGAAGGUCACCGGAGAUGGUCUGGAGAAGAGAGGAGGGGAUGGGGUCAAGCGGGCAGGUUGUUGGGCGGCCUGCAGUCACAAGUCGCGAGAUUUUAUCUGGAGAGAGAGGGGAGAAAGAAGUCAAAGCAUAGGGUAGGGCAGUGUGAGCAGGACCAGCAGUGUCAUUAGACUUAACAAACGAGGAUCGGAUGUCGUCAACCUUCUUUUCAAAGUGGUUGACGAAGUCAUCCACAGAGAGGGAGGGGGGGGGGGGAUUCAGCAGGGAGGAGAAUGUGGCAAAGAGCUUCCUAGGGUUAGAGGCAGAUGCUUGGAAUUUAGAGUGGUAGAAAGUGGCCUUAGCAGCAGAAACAUAUGAAGAAAAUGUAGAGAGGAGGGAGUGAAAAGAUGCCAGGUCCGCAGGGAGUCUAGUUUUCUUCCAUUUCCGCUCAGCUGCCCGGAGCUCUGUUCUGUGAGCUCGCAAUGAGUCAUCAAGCCACGGAGCUGGAGGGGAGGACCGAGCCGGCCGGGAGGAUAGGGGACACAGAGAGUCAAAGGAUGCAGAAAGGGAGGAGAGGAGGGUUGAGGAGGCAGAAUCAGGAGAUUGGAGGGAGAAGGAUUGAGCAGAGGGAAGAGAUGAUAGGAUGGAAGAGGAGAGAGUAGUGGGAGAGAGAGACCGAAGGUUGCGGCGGCGCAUUACCAUCUGUGUAGGGGCAGAGUGAGUAGUGUUGGAGGAGAGCGAGAGAGAAAAGGAUACAAAGUAGUGGUCGGAGACAUGGAGGGGAGUUGCAGUGAGAUUAGUAGAAGAGCAGCAUCUAGUAAAGAUGAGGUCAAGCGUAUUGCCUGCCUUGUGAGUAGGGGGGGGACGGUGAGAGGGUGAGGUCAAAAGAGGAGAGGAGUGGAAAGAAGGAGGCAGAGAGAAAUGAGUCAAAUGUAGACGUAGGGAGGUUGAAAUCCCCCAAAACUGUGAGGGGUGAGCCAUCCUCAGGAAAGGAACUUAUCAAGGCGUCAAGCUCAUUGAUGAACUCUCCAAGGGAACCUGGAGGGCGAUAGAUGACAAGGAUAUUAAGCUUAAAUGGGCUAGUGACUGUGACAGCAUGGAAUUCAAAUGAGGAGAUAGACAGAUGGGUUAGGGGAAAAAUUGAGAAUGUCCACUUGGGAGAGAUGAGGAUUCCUGUGCCACCACCCCUCUGACCAGAUGCUCUCGGGGUAUGCGAGAACACAUGGUCAGACGAGGAUAGAGCAGUAGGAGUAGCAGUGUUUUCAGUGGUAAUCCAUGUUUCCGUCAGCGCCAGGAAGUCGAGGGACUGGAGGGUAGCAUAGGCUGGGAUGAAGUCAGCCUUGUUGGCAGCAGAACGGCAGUUCCAGAGGCUGCCUGAGACCUGGAACUCCAGGUGUGUGGUGCGUGCAGGGACCACCAGGUUAGAGAGGCAGCAGCCACGCGGUGUGAGGUGUUUGUGUAGCCUGUGCGGAGAGGAGAGAACAGGGAUAGGCAGAGGCAUAGUUGACAGGCUGUAGCAAAUGGCUACAAUAAUGCAGAGGAGAUCGGAAUGAAAUGAACUAAACAUCUGGGAAAGGAGAGAGCGGGGCCUCCCUCACCACAACUCCCAAAUAUAACUCUCCCAACUUCCACCUCAGAAACUAUAAUUGUUUCACUGAAACACCCGAAUAAAACUCUCCCAACUUCCACUUUAGAAAUUAGAAUUGUUGUAAACUACAGCGGUUCAAUGUUUCAAGGAAUAGACUCAACUUACUUUAUUCAGCUAGCUAACUAUGACGCCAUAGCUAACUAGCAUGCUAGCAUCCAAUAACACACGGUUUAGCACCAAUACUUGGUUACAACAAACUACCAAUAGUGUGUUAACACACUAAACAGAUAAUUUGUGUCCGUGUCUAGUUCCUUUCAUAACGCAGCAAUAAUUAAACGUUGGCUAGCUAGCACAAAGAUAUUGUAUUUAGCUGCUACAGUACUGCUAGCUGGUAGUGUUGGCUAGCUAGCAAUGGCUGCUGUGUUGACUUUGUUUGAAAAACGGCGUCGCUGCGAAUGAAUGUAGCUGGCUAAAAUUAUAUUGUAUCUAGUUGCUAUAGUACUGCUAGCUGGUAGCGUUGGCUAGCUAGCAAUGGCUGCGGUGAUGACUUUGUUUGAAAAACGGCGUCGCUGCGAACGAAUGUAGCUGGCUAAAAGGAUAUUGUAUUUAGUUGCUACAGUACUGCUAGCUGGUAGCUGGUAGUGUUGGCUAGCUAGCAAUGGCUGCGGUGUUGACUUUGUUUGAAAAACGGCGUCGCUGCGAACGAAUGUAGCUGGCUAGCUAACCUCGAUAGUUACUCUAUACUACACCUUUAUCUUUGAUACAAAUACAACUAUGUAGCUAGCCAACAUUACACUAAUCAAUUCGUUCCAUUGUAAUGUAAUGUGUCAUAUUACCUGCGGAGCGAAGUACAGCAUGACUACUCACCUCGCCUGCCGGAUACCAUUACAUAUAUAUCCAUAAUGAAUGAGUGAUUCUGGGGGGUAUCUAGCACUGCCUCUUUGCCUCAGAUUGGAAGCCUGUGUUUGGUAUACUCGUGUAUAUUUGACAUUUGUAUCUGUACUGAACAAAAAUAUAAAUGCAACAUGUAAAGUGUUGGUCCCAUGUUUCAUGAGAUCCCAGAUAGAUAGAUUUCCAUACGCACAAAAACGUUAUUUCUCUCAAAUUUUGUGCACAAAUUUGUUUCCAUCCCUGUUAGUGAGCAUUUAUCCUUUGCCAAGAUAAUCUGUCCACUUGACAGGUGUGGCAUAUCAAGAAGCAGAUCAAACAGCAUGAUCAUUAUACAGGUGCCUCCUUGUACUGGGGACAAUAAAAGGCCACUCUAAAACGUGCAGUUUUGUCACACAACACAAUGCCCCAGAUGUUUCAAGUUUUGCGCAAUUGCAAUUGGCAUGCUGACGGCAGAAAUGUCCACGAGCUGUUGCCAGAUAAUUUUAUGUUAAUUUAAACUGCCUCCAAUGUCGUUUUAGAGAAUUUGGCAGUACGUCCAACCGGCCUCACAACCGCAGACCACGUGUAACCUUUGAAAUUCUAGCAAGUUAUAUUUAUAUUUUUGUUCAGUGUAAAAUGCAUAAUGAGAAAUAAUUUAUUGAAGUUGGUAUAUUUGUGACAAUUUCGCCUUAACCAGGACUCCUUUAAGACUCCAUAGUGUUUCAUAUGUAGGUGCUACUAAGCAAACAUUGGUGUCAUAUGAAGCUUUAAUGCUUGCUCUGUAAUAUGUGUAGUAUUUAGAUUAAAAUGUAUAUAUUUUUAUGAAUAUUGAAAUAUUGAAUUUGGCUAAUUGUUUGUGUUUUGUUCUACUUAUACUCCUGUGUGUGUCUGUGCGUGCCAGCUUUUAACAUUGCAAAAUGUGUGUGUCCGUGUUUGUGUGUCCAGGAUGCAGAGCCCGGACUGACCUUCCACUACUGGGGGCUGUUUGACGGCCAUGCUGGCUCAGGGGCAGCGGUGGUGGCAUCUAAGCUGCUCCAGCACCACAUCGUAGAACACCUCCAAGAGGUACUGGAUGUCCUGAGGAACCCGGCCCUGCUGGUCCCCAUCAUCCAGGGGGAAGAGCCCACCAACCACCACCUCACCCCCACCACCCACAGGGGCAUCACCAGGGCCGCCUCACUGCGGGGGGCCGCAGGGGCUCCCGGCUCCCCCAGUCACCCCCCCCCCACCAGGUUCUUCACAGAGAAGAAGGUCCAUCAUGAGAGCCUGGUGAUGGGAGCCAUCGAGAACGCCUUCAAAGAGAUGGUGAGUUCAUUGCCAUGUUCAGUAGGCAAACAUUGUGGAAUGUUGCAGAUAGCAAUGUCAUGAAUAGAGUUGAUGUGAUUCCCUGUUCUACAUCUCAGAGACAGGCAUGUUUGUUGUGUAUGAUCUAUUUCUCUCUGAACGUUCCACUAUGUUGUGCCCUGGUGAAUUCAGCCCUUGUCUGAAAGAACAUACUAACCAUCAUCCAGUAAUUACAACACAUUCACUGUAAGAGACAUCGCAGCGCUCCACUCAUUCCCAUCAUUAUCUGCUUAGUCGAUAGGCAUUGAUCAGCGGCAUCUUGUCAAUUACAUGUUUUUUUCUGAUGAUAUGCAGUUGGCAUACUGAGAUCAACAUCACAGUCCACUGGGCAGUGGGAAUAGGACUAGUAAGCAUUGUCUAAAUGCAGCUUCCUUUUUUAUUUCUAAGAAUAACUGUCCGGUUGUUGUACAUACUCUGCCUGUAUGUCUGAAAUAGGUUAAUGUGUUAUAACUCCAGGUUUGAUUUGAAUUAGCUCGAUCUUUAGCUGUGUCUGCUUUCCUCAGCAGCUCCUUAGUACUGAGAGUUGAGUGGGCAUUUAACAGCUGGCUGCCAGCGAUAAGGCGACGUGUAGUGUAGCGUCGGCAUAUUGCCCCCCUCCCAUUCUCUCUAAUCCAUUAUCUGUGACUGUUCCUCUCAAAUCAGCAGCAUAUGGUGCCAGUCAGUCCACAGCAGCAUAUAUAUACUUUUUCCCUUCUAACCCACAGGCCAAAAAUUGUUCAGUGCUGCACACCAUCUGGUUGUCGUGCUGUAAGAGGAUGUGUGGACUUAGACUCAGCUCACUGAGCGGCCCAGUGGUCAGACACACAGCCAAUCAAAAGAGUGUGCUCUUGACAGGCUUUGGUCAAUGAGGGGUCAGAAAGGUCAUGGGUUAUUAGCCUCAUUGUUUAAUCUUGUUAUUGAGGAUUCUGGCUUUGGCUUCAAGAUACAUUUUGUCACUCGCUAAAUGAGUCCGUUGUGUUUCCUAUCUAGAGAGCUAAGAGAGAGUUCACCUCCUGGUGUCUAGUCCACUGAUAAAAUCUAAGUCUGAAAUGCUGAUCACUUAGAGUGCCAACUGCAUUCUGGUCUCACGUGUUUCACACAAUUUACAAUAACUUGCAUAACUUAAGACAAACCUGUGUACUGCAGCGGUAGCUGCUUCCUCUUCAUCACCACUAGAUGGCAGUGUGCAGUCAUCCAUUGAGUGAGUUAAUGUAAUUUUCCAAGUCUAGUGUCACUGUCAACCCAAGCUAUCAACUGUAAUAAUGCACUAUUUCCCAUGCACCUGUGCACAUUUCAGACUGUGUUGAUGUUUAACGAUUGUGUUAUAAUGAAUGUGUGAUAUACAAGGAUUGAAGAUUAAACGUCUAUAUAUAAAUGCACAAUUUCAUCAAACAGCAGUACACUGUCAUGCCGAUACAGUUGAGUGCAUGUCAUGCAAAUAUUUGCCUUUGAUCUAACAGCAGUCUGUUAUAGAGAAUGUCAAAAACCCUCACCAUGAUAUUCCACAGUAUAUUCAGCUCAUUCCUAUACUUGAUUUCAUAAUGUGAUAUAGCUGCUCUCUGCCUCUCUCGCUCUUCACUCUAUUUCACAGGCACAAGGCAAUCUGUAUCCCUCUUCUCUCCCAUAAUUUUUUUGUUCCUCCUCCCUUCCCCUCAUCCCCUCUGGCUCUUGUCUGGAGUUGAAGCACUUUCCUGUCCCUUUGUUCCCCGUCUCUUCGUUAAUCCCGCUUCUUAUUUUUAAUUAACCUUAUUCUCAAAUGAAAUCCGUCAAACGAUUUGGGUGAUGGUGGUGCAUAUUUCACACUAGUUUACCCCUCUUUUAUCUUAUCUGGGAUAACCACCAACCACUGGCUCUGAUUCUAGUUCUCAGGCUGACAUGAAUCACCACCACGGGCCGUUUCUGGAGGAGGCUGCCAGAGCCUAAUAAACACAGAGAUGUGUAAACAUCAAAAAGAAACGUGGCUCACGAUGGCAACACUGUUUACAUUGAGAAGCACAGAAAUAACUGGGGAAGAUCCGAUAUUCAGCCUAGUCUCCCACCCUGUAAAGACAUGUACUGUAUAUACCCGACUAAAGCUGCAGUCAAAUGGACCUGUAAUAGGGAGCGAACCAUAAUCCUAACUGUUGUCUUGCAUUGACCUAUUUUAGUCAUUUAGCAGAUGAGAGCGAUUUAAAGUGUACUGCACUGUUGAGAGCUUGCAGUAAGCAUUUCACUGUAUCGUUUACACCCUGUAUCCUGUGCAUGUGACAAAGAAACCUUGAUUAGAUUUUAUUACAGUUCAUUCAUCUUUAAGGUAGCUAGGUGAGACAACUACAUAUCACAGUCAUUUAAAUCCUCAUUAAAUCAGCGCUAGUAAGACAAGACGAGACAAGUGCGAGUGUUAGUGCAAGGAAGGCAAGGGUGAUUUUUUUUGGGGUGAGGUGGGGGGGGGGGUUUGGGGUUUGGGUUGUUAAUGCCGACAUUUUCAUUAUUGAAGGCUUUCCUCCGUGCAGCCACGGGCGUUUGAUAGCAGGAUAAAUAUAUAUAUAUAUAUAUAUGCACUGCUACAGAGUCAUAACUCACCCUGGGUGAAGGACACAUUUUGUUCACCAAGUUCCCCCUCCCUAACACACACACGCAUUCCUGAGCAAUGUGUUUCUCCUCUAAGGCGACAGCAGUGGUGGGGGCAGGGUAGAGGGUGUCACUAGGGCCUGGUUACAGGAGAGUUACACACAAACACACACAGUUGUUUCAUCAGAUAGUUGAUAGCCAACAGAAGAGCGCAAGGCAGAGUGGUCUAGCAUGUGUAACCCCCCCCCCCCCCCCAAAGGACAUCCAGCCAACUUGACACAACUGUGGGAAGCAUUGGAGUCAACAAGGGCCAGCAUCCCAGUGGAAAGCUUUCAACAUCUUGUAGAGUCCCUGCCCUGACGAAUUGAGGCUGUUCUGAGGGCAAAAGGGUGUGCAACUCAAUAUUAGGAAGGUGUUCCUAAUGUUUUGUACACUCAGUGUAUUUAUGAUGUGUUUGUUGUGUUGGGUUUUCAGGAUGCCCAAAUUGAGAGAGACAAGGCUGUGUUUAACGUCUCAGGAGGCUGUACCGCUCUGUGUGCACUCUUUUUACUCGGAAAGCUCUACAUUGGAAAUGCCGGGGACAGCAGGUGAGACACACAGACACACGUACACACUGAAAUAAACACUCAACCAGUUUGAAUAAACACAGAUUGCUUUGCCCUUCAGAGCGAUCAUUAUCCGAGGAGGAGAGGUCAUCCCCAUGUCUACAGAGUUCACACCUGAGUCAGAGAGGCAGCGCCUGCAGUUCCUGGUAAGAAGAGGAACUCGACAGACACUGUAUCACAAUGCAGGACCUCCCCUCCCUGUUCAGACAUUCACUAUGCUUAGCGUUCCUACCUGGUCUCUUUGCUGGUGUAAUAACGCCCACAGUUCCUGGUAAGAGGAGGAACUCCACUACAACCCCCUGAAUCACAGUGAACCUGGACUGUUCUCUGUCCCAGACCUGGGUUCAAAUAGUAUUUUAAAUCAUUUCAAAUAUUUUAGCUGGCCUUGAUUGAGCCUGACUGGCACAAUGGAACCAAUAGACUGGUCAAAAAGUGCAAACCCCACUUAUCUGGCACUCCAGGCAGAGCAGAGAAAACACUCAAAGUAUUUUUAAGAUUUCAAAUAGUAUUUGAACCCAGGUCUGCUCUGUUCUUAUUGAGCACAGCUUUCACUUAUCAAAAGACAUGACCCCUUACUCUCUCUGUUCAGAGACAGUUACUAAGCUUAACUAUUCUGCCUGGUGUCUGGGCUGGUUUAAUUGACUGUUUGAUUGUCUUCCUAUCCCUUGGGCAUGCCAAUCUCUUCUCUCUUCUCUUUCUAUGUGAAGGCCUACAUGCAGCCACACCUGUUAGGGGGAGAGUUUACACAUCUGGAGUUCCCCAGACGAGUACAGAGGAAGGAGGUGGGGAAGAGGAUGCUCUAUAGAGACUUCACUAUGUCUGGCUGGUGGGUAUCCAUCUAUCUAUCUGUUUGAUUACUGGUAAUCAAGUAAUGACAGGCCUUGGUCCUCUCAUUGGAAUAAGUUACAGACAGGUGCUGCAUUGAGCGAUUCAUCAUACCCCUCCAUUUUACCAUAAUCAUGAGAUCCAUAAUCAUGAGAUAAUCAAGAUUAGGCAUCUUUGCAGGAUUUGUGAUUGAAACGUCACAAUUUCACAAGCAACUACGCUCCGCUAUUGAAAUCAUGUCAUUUUUCCGCAAUCAUUUUGUCUAUCUGAACCCCCCAUUCUUAUCAAUGUACAGAGUGCCAGCUGAUUGACAGGAAAUGCUCUGAUAGACCCAGACAUUCUGUGUCAUCUGUAUGAAUGACAGGGUCAGUUCAGCUCAUCAGUGAUCCCUGGACAGAACUAGAGCCAAUCACAGCUCCACAGCGUCUUUGAUUCACUCCAUAGAGAACUGAGGAGAGCAAGAGAGGGACAGACCAAGAAAGCGGUGAUUAAGGGGAGAUUUAUCAGUGCUGGCUCUUUCUCAAUGCGGUUCUGUCUGUGUACUGUUUAGAUGUGCCGAUGUAGGACAGGGCAUUGCUGCUCAUUGAGUCCAGAACUUGGAACAGAACUGAUGUCUGAUGUAUUUUAAACAGAUUCCUUUACAGUGAAGUGGGCCCUUCUCAGAACUGGACUCUAGUGUAGAGACAGAUACACUUGGACUGCAUGUGUAUGUGUGUGUGUCAGAGACGUCAUGCCCAUAGAGGGCACAGGGACACGUGCCCCCUCAGAAUUGUCCUGUAAUACUACUAGCCAUUUAGCAAUUUUAUGAUGUUGGUUUUAGCUAGCCCAGAAACACUGUAGGUUGCCAAUCUCCCAACCUCAUAACUAGCUACCAAGAAGCCAUUUCAGUCAUUUCAGGCUAUCAAGUUAGAGUAGCUAGCUUCUCUAACUACAGUAUAUUAGCUGGCAUGCCUGCUGGCAUGGUUGAUCAACUUUAGAAAAGCAAGCAAUAACUACAGUAUGUACUGAAUAAGACUCCCAUUCCUUUCAGUCUUUUAAACAAUUCUAAAUUCUCCAACUUAUGGACAGGGGACCUAUCCCCCACUCCGGACCACCCCCCCCCCCCCCAGCCAUUCUCACGCACUUUGUACCCACUCAGAUUUUUGGGGUUCAUGAUGCCCCUAGUGUGUGCUGUGUAUGUUCUGUCUGCAUAUUGUUUGUGUGCCACACGCCGGGUUCCAUCAGAGGGAUGUGUAAUCAAGGCCAUGGUCUAAUAAAGGAAUACAGCACUCUCUCUCUCUCUCGCACGCUCUUUCUCUCUCUCUCUCUCUCGCAUGCUCUUUCUCUCUCUCUCUCUCUCUCUCUCUCUCUCGCAUGCUCUUUCUCUCUCUCUCUCUCUCUCUCUCUCUCGCAUGCUCUUUCUCUCUCUCUCUCUCUCUCUCUCUCUCUCAUGCCUAGUUGGCAGUGAACUGACAGUGCAGAUGGGGGGUUGUUAAGGAUGGGAGGCGGUGGUGUUUUAGGGCCGUGUUCAAUUGAUGGAUGUUUAGCAGCGUGCAUGUUCAAAUGCCCCAGCAGCCAGGUAGGCACAGCAGUGGAGGGAGGGAGGGAGAGAGGGAAGGAGCGAGAGGGUGAGAUGGAGGCAGAGAAGCCAGAGUAUGGAGGCUGGGCUGGGCUAGGCUGGGCUGGGUGGAGAAUGGGAAGUAGUGAUUCAAAGGAGAGGUAAUUAUUUUAGGUAAUAUGGUACACUUAUCAUAAUUCAGUUGUAAUCCAGAGAGGUUAGAAAAAUUAUCUAGAUCCUCUAUGAGGCUGUGCAGGGAUCAAAAUUGUGGAUUUAAAAGAAAACAUGAAUCGUCAGCAUAUAAUGACACCUUCGUUUUUAAGCCCUGAAUUUCUAGCCCCUUGAUAUUAUUGUUGGAUCUGAUUUUAAUAGCUAACAGUUCGAUGGCCAUUUUAAUACUUUCUGAGAAUUAGCCAUUAUUUACUAUUUUACACCUGGGGUUACAUUGUAUAAGAGAUUCUCCAAAAUGUUAAAUAUUCCAGGCAUUUAUAUAUAAAUUCCAAUCGUACUUUAUCAAAAGCCUUUUCGAAGUCAGCUAUGAAUACCAGGCCUGGUUUCCAGGUUUUUUAUAGUGUUUUAUUGUUUCAAGUACUUGUCUAAUUAUCUCCAAUGUAUCGUCCAUUUAAAAAACCUAUCAGAUUAGGAUGAAUAAUAUCCGACAAUACUUUUUUAAUUCUAUGCGCUAUGUAUUUUUCUAGAAAUGUUGCAUCACAACACUGAAGUAAGUGUAAGGGGCCUCCAAUUUUUUUAUGGACUGGAUCUUUAUAUUUACCACCUGGGUCCUGUUUCAGUAGUAGUGAAAUCAAACCACCUUGCUGAGUACCUGAUAGUAUAAAAUGUUAAUAGGAGUGGUUAAAACAUGCUAAUAGUGGAUCUUUGAGUAGAUCAAAAAAAGGUUUCAUAUACCUCAACUGGUAUGCCAUCCAGCCCUGGAGUUGUCCCUGGCCUAAAGGCUUUAAUUGCAUCAAGAAGUUCCUCCUCUGCAAUUUGGACCUCACAGAAGUCUUUCUGUACAGCUGUUAAUUGUACACUAUUAAAAUUAAAAAUCCUUACAGUUACCUUCAGUUAGUGGAAAUGGAGGAGACUGAAAAGAGAACAUAUGCUUAAAGUACUUUGCUUCCUCUUUCAAAAUAUAAUUUGGUGAAUCAUGGAUGACUCCGUCAUUUGUAAGUUUCUGUAAAUAAUUUUUGGUAGCUAUGUUGAAGAUUCAAAAAGAAUUUGGUGCAUUUUUCAACAUUUUCCAUUCGAUUGGCUUGAUUUUUUAUAAUAGAUUAUUCUUGAUUGUUCCCGAAUAAGUUCCUUCAUUUUUUUUUUCUUUUUCCUCUGUUAUUCUGUGCCUCUAUGUUACAGUUUUUAUUGCUAUCCAUCUGUAUCGUUAUUUCUUCAUAUUAACAAAGAACAUUUUGACUGAAAUAGUUUGUGUUUUAAAGAUGAGUAUUGAAUUGCAUGACCUCUAAAGGUCAAUUUUUUUUAAACUCUCCCAUACAAUAAGUGGAUCUGCUCUACCUAUGUUAUGCAGGAAAAAGUCACUUAUAAAAUCCUUUUGCUUGGUUAAAACUUGUUGUCAUCCAGUAGGCUUUGAUUACAUUUCCAAUAUCCUCACCCAGGUGGAAAUUCUGUAAGAGUAAUGUGGAUACCAAUUAUUUGAUGGUCCGACCGCAUUCCACCCCCUAUCAAAACUUGUUUUACUUUUGUUACCAGCGCAAAUAAUACAAGAAAUUAAUCAAGAUGACUAGCUUGAUUAAGCCUCCUCCAUGUACACUAUAUAUACAAAAGUAUGUGGACAGCCCAUCAAAUUAGUGGAUUCGGCUAUUUCAGCCACACCUGUUGUUGACAGUUGUAUAAAAUCGAGCACCCAGCCAUGCAAUCUCCAUAGACGUGGCACCGUCAUAGGAUACCACCUUUCCAACAAGUCAGUUUGUCAAAUUUCUGCCCUGCUAGAGCUGCCCCGGUCAACUGUAAGUGCUGCUGUUGUGAAUUGGUAAUGUCUAGGAGCAACAACGGCUCAGCCGCGAAGUGGUAAGCCACACAAGCUCACAGAACGGGACUGCUGAAGCGAGUAGUGCAUAAAAAUCGUCUGUCCCUGGUUGCAACACUCACUACCGAGUUCCAAACUGCCUCUGGAAGCAACAUCAGCACAAGAACUGUUCGUCGGGAGCUUCAUGAAAUGGGUUUCCAUGGCCAAGCAGCCGCACACAAGCCUAAGAUCACCAUGCGCAAUGCCAAGCGUCAGCUGGAGUGGCGUAAAACUUGCGGCCAUUGGACCCUGGAGUGAUGAAUCACGCUUCACCAUCUAGCAGUCCGACGAAGGAAUCUGGGUUUGGCGGAUGCCAGGAGAAAGCUACCUGCCCCAAUGAAUAGUGCCAACUGUAAAGUUUGGUGGAGGAGGAAUAAUGGCCUGGGGCUGUUUUUCAUGGUUUGGGCUAGGCUCCUUAGUUCCAAUGAAGGAAAAUCUUAACGCUACAGCAUACAAUGACAUUCUAGACAAUUCUGUGCUUCCAACUUUGUGGCAACAAUUUGAGGAAGGCCCUUUCCUGUUUCAGCAUGACAAUGUCCCUGUGCACAAAGCGAGGUCCAUACAGAAAUUGUUUGUUGAGAUCGGUGUGGAAGAACUUGACUGGUCUGCACAGAGCCCUGACCUCAACCCCAUCGAACACCUUUGAUUUGAAUUGGAACGCCGACAGCGAGCCAGGCCUAAUCGCCCAACAUCAGCGCCCGACCUCACUAAUGCUCUUGUGGCUGAAUGGAAGCAAGUCCCUGCAGCAAUUUUCCAACAUCUAGUGGAAAGCCUUCCCAGAAGAGUGGAGGUGUUUAUAGCCACAAAGGGGGGGACCAACUCCAUAUUAAUGCCCAUGAUUUUGGAAUAAGAUGUUCGAUGAGCAUAUGUUCACAUACUUUUGGUAAUAUAUUGUAUAUCUCACUAAGUCUGGAUUUGUAAGCCUCCAUAUAUCCACUAGUUCUAAUGUGUCCAUGAUAUUCGUAAUUUCCCUAAGUGCAUGAGGGUGAUAGUUUGUAGUGUGAUUUCCUUUACAAUCCAUUGGGGUACUUAAAACCGAUUAUAAUUCAAUCACCAUAAUAAUAGUAAUUUGUUGCUUGUAAGCACGAUAGAUUAGUAUACAUCAUUUUGUGUGGAUCAUCAUUAUUUGGACCAUAUAGAUUAAUUAGCCAAAUAUGUUUAUCGUCCAAUGGCAUAUUUAAAAUUAUCCACCUUCCUUUCGGAUCUGUUUGGACAUUUUGCAAAUUCGGCUCGAAAUUGUUAUUAAUUAAUAUCAUCACCCCUUUUGAGUUUCUUUGCCCAUUAUAGAAAUAUAUUUCUGUAAUUGUAGAGUGAGUUUCCUUUAAACAAUAGAUAUUAUUUUAGCCAAGUAAAGACUGAUAGUCUUUUUUUAUAAUCUGCUAAGCCAUUACAAUUAUAACUAGCUAUACUUAUUUCACCACUUACCAUAUGAGAUACAAGUUUCAAUUAUACUUACCAUAAUAUAUGCCUGUAAACCUACUACCAAAAAGUACCAUGUUGAUCAAGCUGCUAGACACAUUUACAUUUACAUUUACAGACACCUAGAAGGGGGUGUUGUCCCUGAUACUAUCAUACCACCCCCAUACCCGUAACGGGCCUUUAGCGUCCUAAAACACACCUUCAACCGCCGAUUGGCGUGGCCCGGGUAAAACAUUUUGUGUGUGUGGUUAGGAUGCUGAGCACGUGGAGCUAAUGUCUCUGUCACCCCUCUGCACUGAGCAGUGGACUUGCCCGAUCAUAAGAGAUGACAUCACUGCACUCCUGCCCAUCUCUCAUCAUCAGCAGAGCAGAGAGGAUACAGACAAGAAGCUAGCAGCUACACCCACCACCUCUCCUCCCCUCCCUCAGUCACAUACCACACUGUGGUGGUCGUAAAUAGACCUCAUAUGAUUAAAACAAUAGUCUACUUUAACUAACAAUAAAUCCACACACUGGUAUAUGCUCCCAGGGGUAGGUUAAUCAGACAACGUUUUGACGCCAAACUGGGUCUUCGUCAGGAAGCCUGUGAAUGUCCGGUUGCUGUUUGCAGCAACAAGUGUUGUCCCAGAGGUGUGAGUGGGAGCAGAUAUUAUAGCAGGAUUCAUGUGUGUAUGUCACGCUGUCACAAAUGCUUUAUCUCCAGCAAGCUCAGAGACGGGGAGUUCACGCAAAACUUCACUGGGUGUCUGUCAUUUUCAACCUCUCCUUGACCCGUUCUGUAAUGUUUUAAGCAGACCUCCAUAGUCCCUGUGCCACAGAACGCCAAGGUAACCUGUCUAAAUGACUAUCGCUGCGCAGCACUCACAUCUGUAGCCAUGAGAUGCUUUUGAAAGGAUGGUCAUGGCUCACAUAAACACCAUCAUCCCAGACACCCCGGACCCACUCCAAUUCGCAUACAGCCCCAACAGAUCUACAGAUGACGCAAUCUUUAUUGCACUCCACACUGCCCUUUCCCACCUGGACAAAGGGAACAUCCAUGUGAGAAUGUUGUUAAUUGACUACAGCUCAGCAUUCAACACCAUAGUGUCCUCCAAGCUCAUCACUAAGCUAAGGACCCUGGGACUGAACACCUCCCUCUGCAACUGGAUCCUGGACGUCCUGACGGGCCACCCCCAGGUGGUGAGGGUAGGCAAAAACACAUCCGCCACGCUGACCCUCAACACGGAGGCCCCUCAGGGGUGCGUGCUUAGCCUAUAGGUAGGAAUGGCACACUUUGCAUGUUUUACAUUAGAGAAGCUUCCAUUAAAGAAAGCCCUCUGUGUUCUAUUGGAUAGAUAGCUCUCAACCCAUGGUUUUGGUAGAGGAUGUAAAGCCAUAACACAUACAUACGUUUUACCAAUAACAGAUUAUGGUCAAGAACAUCAAAUGCUGCACUAAAGUCUAACAAUAAAGCUCCCACAAUAUUCUUAUCAAUUUGUUUCAGCCAAUUAUCAGUCAUUUGUUUCAGUGCAGUACAUGUUGAGUGCCCUUCUCUAUAAUUAUGCUGAAAGUCUUGUUUAAUUUGUUCACAAAUAAAUAGCAUUGUAUCUGGUCAAACGUUUUUUUUUUUUUUUGUUUGCUAAGAGCCGGCAGCAAGCUGAUUGGUCGGUUGUUAGAACCAGUAAAGAGCACUUUACUGUUCUUGGGUAGCGGAAUGACUUUCGCUUCCCACCUGGUCUGAGGACAAUCACUUUUCUCCAGGCUAAAGAUAUGACAAACAGGAGUGGCAAUAUAGUCCGCUACCAUCCUCAGUAGUUUUCCAUCUAAAUUGUCAAUACCAUGUGGUUUCUCUUUAUUGAUGGAGAACAAUACUUUUUCCACUUCUCCCACACUAAUUGUACAAAAUUCUAAAUUACAGUGUUUCUUUAAUUAUUAGGUAUUUUAUGCAGGUAAAAUGUUGAAUGAAAUGUUGGAAUGAAAAUAGCUCUACAGUAUGAUACUAUAAUAGUUAUUGUCUAUUCUAGUUUUAGUUCAGCAGCGUCAUAAACAACCGUAUUUCAGUGCACAGCCUUACACGCAGAGUUCAUGUAAUGCCAAAUGGAUGGAUGGAUAACCUGGCCUCAGCUCUAUCUCUGCAGAAAGUGCUGAGUGUGUGUGACCUGCUGGCUUAGAGUGGAAACAUAUGGUCUCCCCGAGUGGAACCUGUAAUCUAAAAACCAUUCCAGUCCUGUCUAACCCUCUUCUCUCUACACCAGCACAGCUGAAAUGAAUCCGACAAGGUAUGCAUGGACUGCUUCUAUUACCAAGCCGGUGUUUUUCACAUUCACACGCAGGUGUGAAUUUGGAGUAGGAAACCCAGAAUCAUUUUAGUCAGUAUAAUGGUGUAUGAUUUGUGGCAAUCGGGUGGUUAUUUUCGAUAUGGUCAUAACUACUGCUAAGCAAGGAAAGUGGAAGGUUUACAUUGAAAAAUAAUGGGCAGUAAGCAUUGUGUUCAUGACUCACGAGUACAUUGGAGACAGUAUGGACUUUUAACAUUUAAUGUACUAUAGAUACCCAGAUUCAAAUGGAAUGCGGAUGUUGGGACCUUUCCGUAGCACGUGUGUAAUAUUUUCCAGUCUGAUCUCUUGUAAUGCAUCUUCAUAGACUCCCACAUACAAUUGAAUUACACAUGAGUUGAGGUAGUUUAAACACCGCUUUGAGAAUAUGGGGAAUAUACAGGGGGGAAACAUCAAUCAAUCACCCCUCCCUAUACACACACCACACACACACCACACACCAAAACAAUCUAAAACAGUAACAUCUCAUACAUUCAUUGGCAUUUACCAUUUUGUCACAGCUAGAAAAAUAUGCAAGUUCUCUAUCUGUCUCUCCUUUUCUGUAUUGUCUGGGUGUGUUUUUUUCUUGCUCCUUUCUUCCUAUCCCUGUCUCCUCACUCGUCUAGGCUGCAGGCCCUGAGGGAGGCUAUGAGGCGGUGUAUCUCCACUGCAUACGAACCUCUGCCUGCCUGGCUGCCAUAAAACACAAAAAAACAUAAGUAUUCUCUCCUCUCCUGUGUGCAGGGCAUAUAAAACCAUUGAGGAUGACGACCUGAAGUUUCCCCUAAUCUAUGGCGAAGGGAAGAAGGUAAGACUGCUCUCACCCGUCCGCCCCGGCCCCAGCCGCCCGUGAGCCUGCCUGUUAACAGGGCUACUCCCACAGCCUUGUUUUGCUGAGCUGUAAUCAAAGCUCCACCAGGGCACCAUUAGUCAGCCCAGUGUCACUCUGUGGAGGAGGGAGCAGUCUUUGUCUGCAGGAAGGCUCACAAUGGUGGCAUUCCAGACCAUCUUUAUAACAGUUGCACUGAACACACAAUAAGAUUGCUAGCCUAUAUCAUGUUAAUGGGGUUCCUGAGAUGCCAAGCCAAAGUCUGGUUAUCAGCGUAUGCUACCCUGCAUGUUAGGGCCUCUGCCCCUCAUCUGACAUGCAGGCAGUAGUCAGUUAGAUGAGGACCAGGCAGAUGUCACCCAAGUGCGGUCUGUUACCACACCACAGUAAGCCUCCUAUCACAGUCAUCUGUGCCCACGACGUCAAGUGCCGGCCGAGCCGAGUCCCUCCUUUGAAGUGAGGGGGAGAGCGAUAUAGAGUGAUAGAAGGGAGGGGAGAGGAUUGGGUUGUGCUGGAGAGAAGCGCCACCGCACUUCAAAGCCCGGCACAGCCUGUCGGGGCCGUACGUACCCUCAACAAUUAAUUAAUUAAUCCCAGGAUGUUUCUCCUCCGCUCAAGGAGCUUUAUCUCAGUCUUUCCCCCUUAGACUCUCCCUCUCUCUUUCUCCUCCUCUCUCUCUCUCAUCUCGCUCUCGUUGCGGCAUCUGCACUGCAUACUGAUCCCAGUUCAUCCCAACUGACUGUACGACUGCCUCCUCUCUCUCCCCUCGCCCCCUCUAUACUCUUUCGCCCCCUCUGUCUUCCCUCCUUUCUCUUUCCUCUCUCUCUCUCUCCUCCUCACAUGGCUCCUUAUACAAUUAGCACUGCUCCCCAGCUCCAAGCAGCUAGCCCUUUUCAGAGGCAGAGGCGAUAUGUGCAGACAGUAGGAAUCAAAAGGAAUUUCACACAGCGUACAAAUGAGGGAGACCGUAGACAGCGUCGGUGUCUUAGACUAGGUAGAGAGGAGAGAGAUCGUUAAGGAUUCACAGAACCGGAACAUGCCGUGAUGUUGUACUUUGCUUCAUGGUACAGUGAACAAUCACUUCCAUUGCAUUAGAGGUGGCAAAACGUGGAUUAUGUAGCAGUGCUUGUGUUUAUUUGCCUUUAUUUUUUAAAUGGUGUUUGUGUGUGUGUGUGUGUUAAGAUUUAAAAUGACUAUUGGUCAAUUGCACACAAGGUCCAACUGUAAUUUUACUUCCACUUUUAAUCCAACCCCUCCUAAACCCACACAUACAGUACAUACAUAUACAGGUUUUUUGGAGAGGUGCUGGGGGCUGCCACACUGGGCGCCCAGGGAGAUGUUGUUGUGGGGGGUUAAGUGCCUUGCUCAACAGCACAACAGUAGGCAAUGGCAUCUAGGAUAUGAUACUAGCAACCCUACAGUUGGCAGCUCACCUCCCGACAGAUUUGUCCCAUCUGACCCGGGAUUCGAACUGGCAACCCUCUGGUUGCUGGCUCGCCUCUCAAACCGCUAGGGUGUGUGGGUUUAUGAAGAUAAGAUGUGCAGUCAUGUAUCUUGUAGCAAAGAGAAGUCUCCAGGGAGAUAUCCUUGGGGGUCAUCAUUAUUAAAGUCAUGAGGCCAUCAUUGGUCCAGUUUUAAAUUUGCCCUUAGUCUGGGCCAGAGUAAAUAGAAUUUCAACUCAGUCGAUUCUAGCAGUGAAUUGAAAUUAAUUAAUGUAUUUAAUAGGGAGAUUUUUCAAAGACGAUUCGGAAUUUAAAUUCCAUCUCCCGCCAAGUUGACAGAGUUGAAAAACCGGUAGAAUUGACUCUGACCCUGAGGUCCACACACAUCAAAGGACUUCAAUGGAUCAAAUGAACCCAAACAUUGGUUUGAAAUAAUACGUGUUGCCAAAACAGAGUUGGGGAGUGAGGAUCAUAGGGUCAGAGGGAGGUGAUGUUUAUAGUUCCUCUCUUUGAUGGUCUCAUCCCUCCACAGGCACGUGUGUUGGCUACCAUCGGGGUCACCAGGGGCCUGGGAGACCACGAGCUCAAAGUGCAUGACUCCAACAUCUACAUCAAGCCCUUCCUGUCCUGCUGCCCCGAGGUAGAGUACUGUACUCCUUAUUAUCUAUUUCCUGUCUAUCAAUAACCUGGAGAGUCUCUAAUAGUGCCAUAAAAGUGCAUCAGACCUUACUGACCUCAAUGUCAUCAUGAUCAAAUGACAGGAAACUGUCUGUGUUCCAAAUGGCACCCUGUUCUAGAUUCAGCCGCGGGCCAAUGUUUUUCUUGAGCGGAUGGUCGGGGGGCCGAAACAUAAUUACAAAUAAUUUGUAGACUGCAAAUUGACCACAAGAAGCCCAAACAGGUAUAAUGUUUGACUAAAACAUAAGAAUUUCAAACCUUGCUUACAUUUGUUUACGAUCACGUCGUGUGUGUGUCUAUUAUGAGUGGGAAUACUUGGGAACAGAUGUCUUAAAUUAAAAUCACUUUGAGCUGAUUUCUUUGUGUUUUACAGUUAUGUCCAACAAUUAAAAUUCCACAAAAAAAAACACAUUUUAUAUAAUUUUUUGCUCAGAACUUGGGGGCCAAAUAAAACCAUGCGUGUACCGCCAGUUGGGGAACCCUGCCCUAUAUAGUGCACUACUUUUGUCCAUCAUUCCAUCCAAACAGUAUAAUGUCUGCAUUGAAGUUAGUGACAUACCAACAUUAACGUAUGACUUAUUGACAUACAUACAGUGGGGAGAACAAGUAUUUGAUACACUGCCGAUUUUGCAGGUUUUCCUACUUACAAAGCAUGUAGAGGUCUGUAAUUUUUAUCAUAGGUACACUUCAACUGUGAGAGACUGAAUCUAAAACAAAAAUCCAGAAAAUCACAUUGUAUGAUUUUUAAGUAAUUCAUUUGCAUUUUAUUGCAUGACAUAAGUAUUUGAUCACCUAUCAACCAGUAAGAAUUCCGGCUCUCACAGACCUGUUAGUUUUUCUUUAAGAAGCCCUCCUGUUCUCCACUCAUUACCUGUAUUAACUGCACCUGUUUGAACUCGUUACCUGUAUAAAAGACACCUGUCCACACACUCAAUCAAACAGACUCCAACCUCUCCACAAUGGCCAAGACCAGAGAGCUGUGUAAGGACAUCAGGGAUAAAAUUGUAGACCUGCUUAAGGCUGGGAUGGGCUACAGGACAAUAGGCAAGCAGCUUGGUGAGAAGGCAACAACUGUUGGCGCAAUUAUUAGAAAAUGGAAGAAGUUCAAGAUGACGGUCAAUCACCCUCGGUCUGGGGCUCCAUGCAAGAUUUCACCUCGUGAGGCAUCAAUGAUCAUAAGGAAGGUGAGGGAUCAGCCCAGAACUACAAGGCAGGACCUGGUUAAUGACCUGAAGAGAGCUGGGACCACAGUCUCAAAGAAAACCAUUAGUAACACACUACGCCGUCAUGGAUUAAAGUCCUGCAGCGCAUGCAAGGUCCCCCUGCUCAAGCCAGCGCAUGUCCAGGCCCGUCUGAAGUUUGCCAAUGACCAUCUGGAUGAUCCAGAGGAGGAAUGGGAGAAGGUCAUGUGGUCUGAUGAGACAAAAAUAUAGCUUUUUGGUCUAAACUCCACUCGCUGUAUUUGGAGGAAGAAGAAGGAUGAGUACAACCCCAAGAACACCAUCCCAACCGUGAAGUAUGGAGGUGGAAACAUCAUUCUUUGGGGAUGCUUUUAUGCAAAGGGGACAGGACGACUGCACCGUAUUGAGGGGAGGAUGGAUGGGGCCAUGUAUCGCGAGAUCUUGGCCAACAACCUCCUUCCCUCAGUAAGAGCAUUGAAGAUGGGUCGUGGCUGGGUCUUCCAGCAUGACAACGACCCGAAACACACAGCCAGGGCAACUAAGGAGUGGCUCCAUAAGAAGCAUCUCAAGGUCCUGGAGUGGCCUAGCCAGUCUCCAGACCUGAACCCAAUAGAAAAUCUUUGGAGGAAGCUGAAAGUCCGUAUUGCCCAGCGACAGCCCCGAAACCUGAAGGAUCUGGAGAAGGUCUGUAUGGAGGAGUGGGCCAAAAUCCCUGCUGCAGUGUGUGGAAACCUGGUCAAGACCUACAGGAAACGUAUGAUCUCUGUAAUUGCAAACUAAGGUUUCUGUACCAAAUAUUAAGUUCUGCUUUUCUGAUGUAUCAAAUACUUAUGUCAUGCGAUAAAAUUCAAAUUAAUUACUUAAAAAUCAUACAAUGUGAUUUUCUGGAUUUUUGUUUUAGAUUCCGUCUCUCACAGUUGAAGUGUACCUAUGAUAAAAAUUACAGACCUCUACAUGCUUUGUAAGUAGGAAAACCUGCACAAUCGGCAGUGUAUCAAAUACUUGUUCUCCCCACUGUACAUGUCUUAUUGACAUACAUACAUACAUUCACAUUUAAACUCAUCGUCUUAAAAGCAGUUUUCACCUUUUUUUUUUCACCUUUUUUUUUUUUUUCUCACCAGUUUUCACCUUCCAACCAACCCUCCACUGAACAAUUACCUCCUGACUCCUGAUAGUCACGAAGCUCUCAACACUCUCUUGAUCUUUAAUUCAUCGCCCUCGGAGUUCAGUCAUGGUUCAGACUGUGUGCUACCCGUACUGUAGAUGAGCUUUUUUGAAGAGUUCUUCUUUUGAACCUUUUUUUCCCUAUCCUCUAUCCUUGCUGUUGCUCUAAACUUUAAAGUGACUGUAAAUACAUGUGCAGACAGUAUGUACAGUGCAUUUGGAAAGUAUUCAGUAAUCUACACACAAUACCCCAUAAUGACAAAGCGAAAACAGGUUUUUAGAGAUUUACUUUUUCCAAAUUUUGUUACGUUACAGCCUUAUUCUAAAAUGGAUAAAAUAUUUGUUUUCCUCAACAAUCUACACACAAUACCCCAUAAUGACAAAUACGGAAAUACCUUAAAUUACAUAAGAAUUCAGACCCUUUGCUAUGAGACUCGAAAUUGAGCACGUGCAUCCUGUUUCUAUUUCUACAACUUGAUUGGAGUCCACCUGUGUAAAUUCAAUUGAUUGGACAUGAUUUGGAAAGGCACACACCUGUCUAUAUAAGGUCCCACAGUUGACAGUGCAUGUCAGAGCAAAAACCAAGCCAUGAGGUCGAAGGAAUUGUCCGUAGAGCUCCAAGACAGGAUUGUGUCAAGCACAGAUCUGGAGAAGGGUACCAAAAAAUUUCUGCAGCAUUGAAGGUCCCCAAGAAAACAGUGGCCUCCAUUCUUAAAUGGAAGAAGUUUGGAACCACCAAUACUCUUCCUAGAGCUGGAUGCCCGGCCAAACUGAGCAAUCGGGGGAGAAGGGCCUUGGUCAGGGAGGUGACCUCCGACUGGGGUGAAUGUUCACCUUCCAACAGGACAACGACCCUAAGCACACGGCCAAGACAACGCAGGAGUGGCUUCGAGACAAGUCUCUGAAUGUCCUUGAGUGGCCCAGCAAGAGCCUGGACUUGAACCCGAUCAAGCAUCUCUGGGGAGACCUGAAAAUAGCUGUGCAGCAACGCUCCCCAUUCAACCUGACAGAGCUUGAGAGGAUCUGCAGAGAAGAAUGGGAGAAACUCCCCAAAUACAGGUGUGCCAAGCUUGUAGCGUCAUUCCCAAGAAGACUCAAGACUGUAAUCACUGCCAAAGGUGCUUCAACAAAGUACUGAGUAAAUGGUCUGAAUACUUAUAUAAAAAUGUGAUAUUUCAGUUUAUUUUUUAUACAUUUGCUAAAAUUUCUAAAAACCUGUUUUUGCUUUGUCAUUAUGGUGUAUUGCAUGUAGAUUGAUGAGGGGGGGAAAAAACGAUUUAAUCCAUUUUAGAAUAAGUCUGUAAUGUAACAAAAUGUGGAAAAAGUCAAGGGGCCUGAAUACUUUCCGAAUGCACUGUAUGUGAUGUGUAUAUAAGAUGGAGUUCGUAAAUUGCUAUGGAAUCUGGUCCUCAGUGGUUUUUGCAGUUUCAGACUCGGUGAACCCAAGUUCAAGGCAUUUCCUGUUGAUCACAUGUUCAAACAUUGGUGCUUGUAGGUCAAAAGGAAGAUGCGGUUAGUGGGAGUGUCAUCACUGUUUUACAGUAAGGCGUCUCAAUGUCGGCGACUCCCUUGUAUAUUGUAAAAUAGAUUCUUUAUUGUUACUCCCACUGGUUAUUAUUCCAGUCAGACAGAGGCAUUAAUUUUCUGCCAAUAGCUUUUUGACUUGUGAUCGUAAGGUCCACAACAUGUCACUGAUGACUGAUGAUACAUUAGCGACACUGUCAUCAUGCAGUGUUUGUUCAUUGACUGACUCGCACUCUCAGUUUGUGUGAGGUGAAGGACAUUCCUUUUAUGGAGUAACAACAUAGCAAUAUGCCCCUGGUCAUUGUCAUCAUAGUACUCCCUCUACCAGCACAUGGAAACAACAAUACAUCAAAACCAUGGCACUUUGUCCAGAGACCAAAGCCAGGGGCAUUACUUGGUGCUCUCAGAGUGUGACAUGCAGCAGGAUGCCUUUUUAUUAUACCAGAUAAAUAAAAAAGAGUGUGCUGUGGCAGAGUUAAUGGGCACAGUAGCACUGAUCUAUACAUUUAGAAGACCUCUUUGUGGAACCUGCAGGCUCUAGCUGUCUGUUAUCAAAAAUAAAAAAUAAAGGAAAGGAAGAACAUAUGGUCAUUUCCAUGUAAAAGGACCCAUGAGCACCAAUGUGUAGUCCAUAGGAGCAUGUCAAAUUGGGUGUCAAAUGAAAGCUAAGAGUCUAUAUUUGUGAGAAAUUAUGGCAUACAGUGCAUUUGGAAAGUAUUCAGACCCCUUGACCUUUUCCACAUUUUGUUACAUUACAGCCUUAUUCUAAAAUGGAUUAAAUCGUUUUUUUCCCCUCAUCAAUCUACAUGCAAUACACCAUAAUGACAAAGCAAAACGUUUUUUUUGUAAAUUUAAGCAAAUGUAUUAAAAAUAAAAAAACGUUAAUAUCACAUUUACAUAAGUAUUCAGACCCUUUACUUAGUACUUUGUUAAAGCACCUUUGGCAGCGAUUACAGCCUCAAAUCUUCUUGGGUAUGAUGCUACAAGCUUGGCACAAAUCUAUUUGGGGAGUUUCUCCCAUUCCUCUAUGCAGAUCCUUUCAAGCUCUUUCAGGUUGGAUGGGGAGCGUUGCUGCACAGCUAUUUUCAGGUCUCUCCAGAGAUGUUCGAUCGGGUUCAAGUCCGGGCUCUUGCUGGGCCACUCAAGGACAUUCAGAGACUUGUCCCAAAGCCACUCCUGCGUUGUCUUGGCUGUGUGCUUAGGGUCAUUGUCCUGUUGGAAGUUGAACCUUCGCCCAAGUCUGAGGUCCUGAGCACUCUGAAGCAGGUUUUCAUCAAGGAUCUUGCUGUACUUUGCUCCGUUCAUCUUUCCCUCGAUCCUGACUAGUCUCCCAGUCACUGCCGCUGAAAAACAUCCCGACAGCAUGAUGCUGCCACCACCAUGCUUCACAAUAGGGAUGGUGCCAGGUUUCCUCAAGACGUGACGCUUGGCAUUCAGGCCAAAGAGUUCUAUCUUGGUUUCAUAAGACCAGAGAAUCUUGUUUCUCAUGGUCUGAGAGUCUUUAGGUGCCUUUUCUAGAGCUCUGUCGGAGUGACCAUCGGGUUCUUGGUCACCUCCCUGACCAAGGCUCUUCUCCCCCGAUUGCUCAGUUUGGCCGGGUGGCCAGCUCUAGGAAGAGUCUUGGUGGUUCCAAACUUCUUCCAUUUAAGAAUGAUGGAGGCCACUGUGUGCUUGGGGACCUUCAAUGCUGCAGAAAUGUUUUGGUACACUUCCCCAGAUCUGUGCCUCGACAAAAUCUUGUCUCGGAGCUCUACGGACAAUUCCUUCGACCUCAUGGCUUUGUUUCUGCUCUGACAUGCACUGUCAACUCUGGGACCUUAUAUAGACAGGUGUGUGCCUUUCCAAAUCAUGUCCAAUCAAUUGAAUUUACCACAGGUGGACUCCAAUGAAGUUGUAGAAACAUCUCAAGGAUGAUCAAUGGAAACAGGAUGCACGUGCUCAAUUUCGAGUCUCAUAGCAAAGGGUCUGAAUUCUUAUGUAAUUUAAGGUAUUUCUGUAUUUGUCAUUAUGGGGUAUUGUGUGUAGAUUGCUGAGGAAAACAAAUAUUUUAUCCAUUUUAGAAUAAGGCUGUAACGUAACAAAAUGUGGAAAAAGUCAAGGGGUCUGAAUACUUUCCGAAGGCUCUGUAUAUACAUUUUUCAACCAUUUUCCAUCCUGAAGAUUCUGAAUAAGCAAAGGCUUUGAUUUCUGGUCAAACAGAUGGAAAAGGGGUUUUAGAAAAAGUCUUAAGGUAUUAGAAAUGCAUCAAAACCCAAAAACUUUGAAGACUCCAGCCAAUUUCCGAAAAAUCGGAAACCGAAUUUAUGCAAUUGAAAUGGCUACAAUGGGAAAUCAUAGUAGCCACAAACCACAGUUGGGUUCACAAGUUUGGACAGCACAGUGCAGUAGAGUAUAGUACAGUAGAGCACACGAGUUGAGUACACUAUAUUGUACUGAACUGUACUCUACGGUACCCUACUGAGCUCUACUGUGCUGAAUUUUGAUGUCCUAACUUGUGAAACAUAGAUGUCUAUGAAUGGUUCAGAUUUGGUCUGGAUCAACCAAAUGUGGUCUUGUUUGGGGGCAGAGCUCAUUAAAAUAAUAGUCAGUGUGUAGAAUAGCAUCCACUUCACUUACUUCAACAACCAAAAUAGAUUUUUUCAAAGUUAUUGUGUCAUUUCAUAGCUGACAUCCCAUUUGUUCUGCAGACAUCGUUGAAUCUGAAGUUGAAGCAGAUAUUUAAGAGUUUUUGGAAAACGUGGACACAAAAAAACAGAGGGAGAUUUUACUGAAAUUCUGGUACCAAACUUUACAUCUGCACAGUUCUUCCAGUAAAUGUGUUUUUGUAAAAUGUUCAGAGUAAAUUGUUAAAAGUAGUCAUUGUGCAUAGAGUUGUAUGGUUUGUUAAACUUUGAAAUCAAUGGUUUUUGUUUGGCUUACAUUUUAAGUGAAUAGUCUGAGUCUCAGCGCAAUUCCGUUAUCGUCAUUAGCCUGUUCAUUAAACCACACCAGCGACGCAUAGUACUGUACACAUCUGUAAACUCUACAGAGUCACUUUAAUAAUGUUUGCAGACUGUUUUACCCACUUUAUAGGUAUUCUAGUCAUGGCUCAUCCUAUAUAACUACUACUGUACACGCCUUUUCUAUUCACAUACUGUCCAUACACACCAUUCACAUACAUAUAUAUUAACACUGAUUGAACAAAACAUUAAGAACAUAUUCCUGAUAUUGAUACAUAGCAAAGGGUCUAAAUACUUAUGUACAGUGGGGGAAAAAAGUAUUUAGUCAGCCACCAAUUGUGCAAGUUCUCCCACUUAAAAAGAUGAGAGAGGCCUGUAAUUUUCAUCAUAGGUGCACGUCAACUAUGACAGACAGAUUGAGAUUUUUUUUCUCCAGAAAAUCACAUUGUAGGAUUUUUAAUGAAUUUAUUUGCAAAUUAUGGUGGAAAAUAAGUAUUUGGUCACCUACAAACAAGCAAGAUUUCUGGCUCUCACAGACCUGUAACUUCUUCUUUAAGAGGCUCCUCUGUCCUCCACUCGUUACCUGUAUUAAUGGCACCUGCUUGAACUUGUUAUCAGUAUAAAAGACACCUGUCCACAACCUCAAACAGUCACACUCCAAACUCCACUAUGGCCAAGACCAAAGAGCUGUCAAAGGACACCAGAAACAAAAUUGUAGACCUGCACCAGGCUGGGAAGACUGAAUCUGCAAUAGGUAAGCAGCUUGGUUUGAAGAAAUCAACUGUGGGAGCAAUUAUUAGGAAAUGGAAGACAUACAAGACCACUGAUAAUCUCCCUCGAUCUGGGGCUCCACGCAAGAUCUCACCCCGUGGGGUCAAAAUGAUCACAAGAACGGUGAGCAAAAAUCCCAGAACCACACGGGGGGACCUAGUGAAUGACCUGCAGAGAGCUGGGACCAAAGUAACAAAGCCUACCAUCAGUAACACACUACGCCGCCAGGGACUCAAAUCCUGCAGUGCCAGACGUGUCCCCCUGCCUAAGCCAGUACAUGUCCAGGCCCGUCUGAAGUUUGCUAGAGUGCAUUUGGAUGAUCCAGAAGAGGAUUGGGAGAAUGACAUAUGGUCAGAUGAAACCAAAAUAGAACUUUUUGAUAAAAACUCAACUCGUCGUGUUAGGAGGACAAAGAAUGCUGAGUUGCUUCCAAAGAACACCAUACCUACUGUGAAGCAUGGGGGUGGAAACAUCAUGCUUUGGGGCUGUUUUUCUGCAAAGGGACCAGGACGACUGAUCCGUGUAAAGGAAAGAAUGAAUGGGGCCAUGUAUCGUGAGAUUUUGAGUGAAAACCUCCUUCCAUCAGCAAGGGCAUUGAAGAUGAAACGUGGCUGGGUCUUUCAGCAUGACAAUGAUUCCAAACACACCGCCCGGGCAACGAAGGAGUGGCUUCGUAAGAAGCAUUUCAAGGUCCUGGAGUGGCCUAGCCAGUCUCCAGAUCUCAACCCCAUAGAAAAUCUUUGGAGGGAGUUCAAAGUCCGUGUUGCCCAGCGACAGCCCCAAAACAUCACUGCUCUAGAGGAGAUCUGCAUGGAGGAAUGGGCCAAAAUACCAGCAACAGUGUGUGAAAACCUUGUGAAGACUUACAGAAAAUGUUUGACCUGUGUCAUUGCCAACAAAGGGUAUAUAACAAAGUAUUAAGACACUUUUGUUAUUGACCAAAUACUUAUUUUCCACCAUAAUUUGCAAAUAAAUUCAUUAAAAAUCCUACAAUGUGAUAUUCUGGAUUUAUUUUUCUCAUUUUGUUACAGGCCUCUCUCAUCUUUUUAAGUGGGAGAACUUGCACAAUUGGUGGCUGACUAAAUACUUUUUUUCCCCACUGUAAAUAAGGUAUAUGUUGGUUUUUUUUUAUACAUUUGCAAAAAUUUCUAAACCUGUUUUUGCUUUGUCAUUAUUGGGUAUUUUGUGUAGAUUGAGGGACAUGUUUUAUUUAAUCAAUUUUAGAAUAAGGCUGUAAUGUAACAAAGUGGAAAAAGUCAAGGGGUCUGAAUACUUUACGAAUGCACUGUAUGUCAUGGAAAGCGCAGGUGUUCCUAAUGUUUUGUACACUCAGUGUACAUAAACACAUCAUAAAUACACAAGAACACAUGCAUAUAUCAUAAAUACACAUACAACACACUCACAUAAAUACACAUGAAAACAUACACUACCAAUCAUAAAAGAAGGAAACACUUCUCUAAACAUUUUUCCCCAACUACAAUAUAGCACAUAAAAAGGACCUGAUAUGGAUUAAAAUUCAUGUUUUGUACACAGUGUAUAUUCCAUACUCUGGUCCGGAAGCUAAUUUCCUGCAAUUCUAUCCAUUUUGCAUGGGGUUUUCUACUGCGUAUUUAAAUAUUGUAUUCUCUAUAUAGCUCAUUCUAAUAUUUCUACUACUGUACAUUGCAUUUUAGUUACUGUUUAUACACACCACAUAUUUAUUUAUAUACUGGAUUCUUGACAUAACCCACUCUAUACCUACUGCUGUACAUAUUACUCUUAGUACAUCAUGUGUAAAUUCAUCUGGUGUAUAUAGAUUGGUUUGGAUUACCGUUACAGUGCUAUUUGGUUGUUAAUUUGAUUUAUUCUGAUAUAUAUAUAUAUAUAUAUUUUUUUUUUAUACAUGUUUUAUUAUUGUGUACUGUUUGACAUUUUACUGCAUUGUUAGGAGCUAGUAACAUAAGCAUUUCACUGGACCCGCAACAACAUCUGCUAAACUGUGUACGCAACCAAUAAACUUUGAUUUGAUAGAGUGAAGGAGACCUGUUACAAAUGGUUUACAGACAGGAUGUGCCUCUGUGACCUUCUCUCUGUAAUAACAUCACCAUCACCUCCCUCUAUGCCCAUCCACAGGUCAAAGUUUACCCUCUGACGCAGUACGAACACGGGGCUGAUGACGUCCUGGUGAUGGGGACAGACGGGCUGUGGGAUGUUCUCUCCAACCAGGAGGUUGCUGAAGCAGUCACCUGCUUCCUGGCCAACUGUGACCCUGACGACCAGCAUAGGCAUGUUCCACUCAUACUACAGUAGCACAGCUGCUGCCCCUAGCCAGAUAGACUGAUAGAUAAUGUAGUCACAAGCCUGAACUUCCGCUCACCCCACUCUUAUUUGGAGAGGAUGAACGUUGUUAUCUUGUCGUAAUUACACACAUUUCUAAACAUUUGGAUAAGUAUGUAAGUUGAUAAAGAGCUUGUGAGACUAGUAAUGGAAAGGUUUGUUUCUUGAGGAUACAAUGGCAUGGUGGUUGAUUAAGUAAUCAAAACAGGAAAAACAUUCAAAUCGUUUACGAAAGGUUCUACACCCCUUCAAGGCUUUCUUAGUUUGGGGUUUAGUAAGUUAGCUUUAGGUGGCCGGUGGAAGAGUUUAGAGACUUUCUAAUUGGUAGGUUGUCAUGUCAUUAUUCUCUUGCUAUUUGUUCACACACUGGAGAUGAAUAGAACUAGCUGUCUGCUCUAUGUCUAAGUAUACUGUCCUUUGUCUCUUCCAUUGUGCUCCAGGUACACGAUGGCAGCUCAGGACCUAGUCAUGAGGGCACGGGGGGUCCUGAAGGACCGAGGCUGGAGGAUAGCCAACGAGCGGCUGGGCUCUGGAGAUGACAUCUCUGUCUACAUCAUCCCUCUGAUGUACGGCAACCGGCAGACCUAGCCCAGGCCCAGCUCGCCUCCACCCACUAUGGGACUCAAGACAUGGCCUGUGUCUGAAAUGGCACCCUAU